AUGAAAGACAAGUUUGCUAACUCUAGCAAGGCUGACGCAGGAUUACCAUCUGGUUGGGAAGUCCGCCACUCGAACUCCAAAAACUUGCCAUAUUAUUUCAAUCAGAGCCAACAGUUGUCAAGAUGGGAACCUCCACCAGGAACAGAUACCGACAAGCUCAAGACAUACAUGGCAGAACACCACAGUGCGCCAGAGAUCAGACCCGAUGCCGGAGGACCAAAUGGAAGUUCUGCGAAUAAUGGAAAGAUACGCGCCGCACAUCUGUUGGUGAAGCAUAGGGAUAGCCGUCGUCCUAGCAGCUGGCGUGAGGCGGAAAUAAAACGGACAAAAGAAGAGGCUAUGUCAAUUAUUCUUGAACACGAAAGUCGUAUUCGAAGUGGCCAAGUGACACUGGGGAACUUGGCUGUUAGUGAAUCAGAUUGCAGUAGUGCCAGAAAGAUGGGCGAUCUAGGAUUCUUUGGAAAAGGUGAUAUGCAAAAGGAAUUCGAAGACGCUUCUUUCGAUUUAAAACCGGGACAAGUUAGUGGCGUAGUCGAAACCGCAUCUGGGUUGCACUUGAUUGAAAGACUCGAAUAG